AUGCCGGAAGACUCUGAGUACUUGAGAUCUUUAGAGAUCCAGCGACGUCAUUUCGAAGCCCAGUUUGGAUCAAUAGAAUUGAUGGGAUUUGAAGACAAAGUUAAAAAUGGAGCUGACGAAAGUGAAAGUGGAAGCGAAAUCGACAGUGAAAACGAUGACAACGACGAAGUGGACGAGUAUGAGACAUUUACGGGAUUCGAUGGUGUAUCCUCAGACGAAGACAGCGAAAUGGAAAGUGACAGCGAAGACUCCAAUGAAGAAAUGCAGCACCAACCAGCAAGAGUUGUGCCGAAAGUCGUUAAGCUUAGUGACGACUUUACUCCUACCUCCGCUAGACAAGUUUCUAAAGCAGAUAAGAAACUUUUAAAAUCUGGAAGAGCACCUACGUUAGCAGAAUUAGAGAAGAAGAACCAGGAAAUAGCAGCUCAAAACAAGAAGCAAACUGCCAAAACUGCCAAGGAAGAGGACGACAACUUGGAAAACGACUUGAAAUUGCAAAGAUUAUUGCAGGAAUCGCAUAUCUUAUCUAGCUCAUUGGAAUACUCGGGAGCAGACCUCACAAUGCAAACUCUAGAUUACGAAGAUCCUACUGGCAAAGCCAGAAAAAGAGCUUUAGAUUCGCGGAUAAGGAACAUAGCAGCCAUAAACUCCAGCACAGGAGGUUUACCUAGAACAUUAGAAAAAAUGCCCAUGGCUAUGAGAAAAGGAAUGAUUCGUAGCAGAGAACAGAAAAUCAGGAAGUAUGAAGAAGAUGCCAGAAAUGCUGGAAUAGUCUUGUCCAAGGUGAAGAAAGGAGAGUUAAGAGACUUGAACUCAGGCAAGGGUUCUACAUCGUCCAGCGAUAGAUUGGGUACAGGCAAGAAGGUCGCAAAGAGAGUAAGAGAUAGGGGAUUGAAAAUUCAUGGUGUUGGAAAGUCUACCAGAAAUGGUAUAAUCAUUCCCCAGGCUGACAUAGAUAGAAUUAAUGGUGCUGGAAGAAACAAAAAGGGUAAAAAAAAG